GUGUCCGUCUCUAACAGAGGUGGCACUUGGAAAGACAGUGAGCCCUCUGGCUUCUGUGUUCCAGAAUCUAUUACAUGGUAUUUGCUCAUAGAGCCCAGAGGUCCGGAAUGCCCCUAGUUCUGAACAGGGCAGCAUUUGAGUCUGGAGCGAAGAGUUGGCUAGGAGGGCCUAUGCAUGUUAUAAUGCAGACCUGGGUCACUGUGGCGGUGACUCUGGCCACACUGAUGGUCGCCGCCGUGGAUGCGAAGAUCUAUGAACGCUGUGAACUGGCAAUGAAGCUGAAGAAGGUGGGCCUCAGUGGCUUCAAGGGCUACAGCAUUGGAGACUGGCUGUGCAUGGCACACCGUGAGAGUGGCUUUGACACCUGCUUCGUGGGCCACAAUCCUGACCGCAGCAGCAAAUACGGCAUUUUCCAGCUGAACUCCACCUGGUGGCGAAACGAUGGUAUUACACCCACCCAGAACCUCUGUCACAUCGAGUGUCCAGGUGAGGCAGCGCUGGGGACACCCCGAAGCCCUGCCUGGCCUCACUGC